CCAUUGGAUGUGGGUAAAUCACCAACCCACUUAAUUCAUCUCUCAAACCCGAACAAUCUGAACCGUCCAUUCUCAUCCCAUAAUCGUAACGCCAAAAUCCUAGCCCUUGGAUUUCGCGUGCCCGACCCUCUCAUGUACUUUCCUACCCUCCUCGGCCGCCUAUCUCCUCCAUUGUUAAAGACUCAGAAAAUUUCUUCAGCAGGUAUGGUUUCAAUGCCCCAGCUUAGCUAAAGUUGUUUUAAAAUAUUUAUUUAUUAUAUGUAUAUAAUUCAUCGACUUUUGUAAAACUUUUGCUAUAUAUAUAUUGAUAUAUCAGUCAGCUCUUUUUGCAAAGCUAGUUUGUGUGUAUGUGUGUGGUGUGUGUGUAAAAGUUGUACAUACUGAAAGUCAAGGUUUUCUUGAAGUUCUGAGGAGUGUGCAAGGUGGGUUUUUGGGACAAUGUUGGGUGGUGGAAAUGAAGGGUCUAAAGAAAAGAAGAAGGGGGCAGAGAGUAAAGUUUAUACGAGAAAACCAUUCAAAGGGCUUAAAAAUAGUAAAAAUUUGUCAAAAGAACAACAGCCAAAAACCCAAGAAAUGGUUCCCGAGGGGUUGAAUGUGACGAAAAGAUUAUCUAAUUCCUGUGUUGAUGCUGCCUCGGAUAAUUUUUCGGGUUUAAAUCAUGAUGGGUUGGUAGGGAAUGGCGGGAUUUUGAGGCCGGAGAAUAGUGUUACCAUAAAUUUGUCGAUGAAGUCGAAACAGGAGGCACGGGAGCUGAAGAGGAAGCUGGAGGGUGAGCGGAAUAUGGUUUGGAGUUUGAUGAAGAAGAUUGAGGUGAAUGAGAAGCAAAUAAAUGAUCAUGUGUUUGAUAAGAGCUCUGGGAAUAACGUGCCUGUGGGACUGCCUAGCAUGUUAAAACCAUUGAAUCAGUUAAGUGUGUCAGUAGUUGAGGAUAGUCAGGGUGGGAAUGAGAAUGUGGUGAAAGAGAAGAGGACCAAUUAUGAUUUUUUCCUUGCAAAGGAUAAGUUUCCUUCUGCAGAAAGUAACAAGAAACUGAAAUCAGAUGGGAAGAAGGGAGGAGGAAGUGAAUUGGGCAAUAGUUUUGGAGUGGAAAAGUUUUCGAAUAAACUUUUUAAGAGUUGCAGUGCGCUGUUAGAGAGAUUAAUGAAGCACAAGCAUGGUUGGGUGUUUAACAAGCCAGUUGAUACAGUUUCUCUUGGUCUGCAUGACUAUUUUGAUAUUAUCAAAAAUCCUAUGGACCUGGGUAGUGUAAAAGCUAAGCUGAACCAGAAUGUGUACAAAUCCCCCUUAGAAUUUGCUGAGGAUGUGAGGCUCACAUUUCGGAAUGCCUUGACUUAUAAUCCAAAAGAGCAAGAUGUUUAUAUGAUGGCUGAGCAAUUGUCUAAGAUAUUUGAGAACAAAUGGGCGAGUAUAGAGGCUGAUUAUAUGCACGAGUUGAAGCUUUCUGGAGACAUUGAAGUGGGUUCCCCUACACCUACAUCUCGGAAGGCUCCUACACAAUCACGACCAUUGCCUGAUAUGAGAAGAGUUCUCAAUAGAUCAGAAUCAAUGACACAUCCUAUUGAUCCUCAACGAAGAUCUACCAAUCUUGUUCGAUCUGGCAGGAUUGCUACAACAAAGAAGCCAAAGGCGAAGGAUCCUAAUAAAAGAGAGAUGACGUUUGAAGAAAAGCAAAAACUCAGCAUAAAUUUGCAGAGUUUACCUUCUGAGAAGCUCGAAAAUGUUGUUCAGAUCAUUAAAAAGAGGAAUCCAGCUCUUUCACAAUGUGAUGAUGAGAUUGAAGUUGAUAUCGAUAUUGUUGAUACUGAAACUCUUUGGGAGCUUGAUAGGUUCAUAGCAAAUUAUAAGAAGAGUUUGAGCAAGAACAAAAGAAAAGCUGAAAUUGUUACUCAAUUAAAAGAUGGAGCUCAGCAGAAUCCCCAGGAAACAAUUCCAUCUCCGGUAGUCACUGAAAGUCCAAAUGAGUUUAAAGAAAAUAAAUCAGAUGAAAAGAAUGUUUCCUCGCCUCUAGCUCAAGUGGGAAAGCUGAGGGGUAAUGACGCAAAUCAAACAGCCAACACAAGUGACUCUAACCCUGAUUCAGGAUCUUUGUCAAGUGAUCCGGAUAGUGAAAAUACCUCUGGAUCUGGAUCUGAUGCUGGACGUACCCCAAAUAAUUGAAUUGUUGAGGCUAUUCUUUAGAAAAGGGACAAUUGUGUGAGGUAAAGAAGAAGACUUGUUACAUGUUGCUGAAGAUUGGAGUUGGAUGACAUUUGGACUAUUGGUUGUUAUUCUUCUUUUUUUCUUUGGUAAUUCAGGGGAAUUUAUAUUUCCAUCGAAAUAAAUUAUCAUUUUUUUUU